UCUCUCGGCGCCGUCGUCGGCGUGAAAAUGGCGGCAUCUAUGGCGGCGGCGGCCUCUGCCACCUCGGGUAGCGCGAGCUCCGGGGAGGGCUCAGCCGGUGGCGAGAAUCGCGCGGCCGCCUCCUCGGCUGCAGCCUCAGCCUCGUCGCCCACGGCGGGCGGCGGCGAGGCCCUGGAGCUGCUGGAACGCUGUGGAGCGUGCCGGGAGCGUCUGCGUCCAGAGCGCGAGCCGCGCCUGCUGCCUUGCCUGCACUCGGCCUGCAGCGCCUGCCUCGCGCCCUCCGCGGCCAACAGCACCGGGGACGGUGGCCCGGCAGGCGACGGCGCGGUGGUGGAUUGCCCCGUGUGCAAACAGCAGUGCUGCUUCAAAGACAUCGUGGAGAACUACUUUGUCCGCGACAGUGGCAACAAGGCCGCCUCAGACGCCCAGGAGGCGAAUCAGUGCUGCACUAGUUGCGAAGAUAACGCGCCAGCCACCAGCUAUUGCGUGGAGUGUUCCGAGCCACUGUGCGAGACCUGCGUGGAAGCUCACCAGCGGGUGAAGUACACCAAGGACCACACGGUGCGUCCCACCGGGCCGGCCAAGUCCCGGGAUGGAGAACGCACAGUCUACUGUAAUGUGCACAAGCGGGAACCUCUCGUGCUGUUCUGCGAGAGCUGCGACACCCUUACUUGUCGGGAUUGCCAGCUCAGCGCCCACAAGGACCAUCAGUACCAGUUCCUGGAAGAUGCCGUGAGGGACCAGCGCAAGCUCCUGGCCGCACUGGUGAAACGCCUUGGAGACAAACAUGCCACGCUGCAGAAGAGCACCAAGGAGGUUCGAAGCUCCAUCCGCCAGGUGUCCGAUGUGCAGAAACGAGUGCAGGUGGAUGUUAAGAUGGCCAUCUUGCAGAUCAUGAAGGAGCUGAACAAGCGGGGCCGCGUGCUGGUCAGCGAUGCGCAGAAGUUGACGGAGGGGCAGCAGGAACGCCUGGAACGGCAGCACUGGUCCAUGACCAAGAUCCAGAAGCACCAGGAACACAUCUUGCGCUUUGCCUCUUGGGCUCUAGAGAGUGAUAACAACACAGCUCUGCUGCUGUCUAAGAAGCUCAUCUACUUCCAGCUGCAGCGAGCCCUCAAGAUGAUCGUGGAACCCGUGGAGCCCCACGGGGAGAUGAAGUUCCAGUGGGACCUCAGUGCCUGGACCAAGAGUGCGGAGGCCUUCGGUAAGAUUGUCGCUGAGCGUCCUGGUACUAACUCCACGGGCCCUGCACCCAUGGCUCCCCCGAGAGCCCUGGGACCCCUGAGCAAGCAGAGUUCUAGCAGUAGCCAGCCCAUGGAAGUCCAGGAAGGUUAUGGCUGUGAAUCAGAUGACCCCUACUCCAGUGCAGAGCCCCAUGUGUCGGGCAUGAAGCGAUCCUCCUCUGGUGAGGGCGAGGUGAGUGGCCGCAUGCGCAAGGUGCCACGGGUGAGCCUCGAACGCCUGGACCUGGACCUUACAGCCGACAGCCAGCCACCAGUCUUCAAGGUCUUUCCAGGCACCACCACUGAGGACUACAACCUCAUUGUUAUUGAGCGUGGUGGUGCUGCUGCCGCAGCUGCUGGUCAACCUGGGACUGCACCCCCUGGAGCAGCCGGCGCUCCACCCCUUCCCAGCAUGGCCAUUGUGAAGGAGGAGGAGAUGGAGGCUGCCAUUGGAGCUCCUCCUGCUGCUGCCGUCGCCCCAGCCGCCAUGGAAGGCCCUGAGACCAAGCCUGUGCUCAUGGCUCUGGCUGAAGGCCCUGCCGCAGAGGGCCCCCGCCUGGCUUCACCUAGUGGCAGCACUAGCUCAGGCCUGGAGGUGGUGGCUCCCGAGGGUAGCACAGCACCAGGUGGUGACCCAGGCACCUUGGAUGACAGCGCCACCAUCUGCCGUGUCUGCCAAAAGCCAGGUGACCUGGUCAUGUGCAACCAGUGCGAGUUUUGCUUCCACCUGGACUGCCACCUGCCCGCCCUGCAGGAUGUGCCAGGGGAGGAGUGGAGCUGCUCGCUCUGCCACGUGCCCCCUGAGCUAAAGGAGGAGGAUGGCACCCUCAGCAUGGAUGGCGCAGACAGCACCGGCAUAGUGGCCAAGCUCUCGCCCAUCAACCAGCAGAAAUGCGAACGCGUCCUGCUGGCCCUCUUCUGCCACGAACCGUGCCGCCCCCUGCACCAGCUGGCCACCGACUCUCCCUUCUCCAUGGAGCAGCCAGGCGGCACCCUGGACUUGACCCUGAUCCGUGCCCGCCUCCAGGAAAAGUUGUCACCCCCUUACAGCUCCCCCCAGGAGUUUGCUGAGGAUGUGGGCCGCAUGUUCAAGCAGUUUAACAAGCUGACUGAGGACAAGGCGGAUGUGCAGUCUAUCAUCGGUCUUCAGCGCUUCUUCGAGUCACGCCUGAACGAGGCCUUUGGCGACACCAAGUUCUCUGCUGUCCUGGUGGAGCCCCCGCCACUGAGCCUGCCCGGCGCUGGUCCUAGUUCCCAGGAGCUGUCUGGUGGUCCUAGUGAUGGUCCCUAAGGCUGAGGCUCUUAUAGCCAGCCUGGCCUGUUUCUGAUCUGUAUCCUGUCACCCCCAUCCCUAGCCCCCUGGUGGCCUGACUCCCACUCCCUGGUGCCCCCUUCCCCCAGUACUUCAUGAAAUGGUUUUUACUUCUGUGGAUUUAAUAAAAAUGUCACCAGUU